GCCACUUUCAUGGCCACUGGGGACACGGCAAACUUGGACCUCUUCAAUGCCCAGACCAGCGCUGCCCUGCUGGAUUUGCUUGUGCAGAACGGUGUCUACAAAGCAAAGCAAGUGCCGACCAUAGUCAGGUGCAUCCACCAGUGGCUCACAUCCAAUGUGUCUGCUGAGCACAGGCUGGACAAGACUCUUGUCCUGCUGACCGAGGCACACCCCACGGAUGUUGCAGUGACCCUGCUGCGCUCUGCCCCAGCCUGUGACAGAGCUGCUCGCACCAUGUGGAAGACGCUCAUCUCCUCCAGACGGACUAAGGAGCCGGUGCUGCAGAUCCUCUUCCAUGUGCUGGAAUACUGGCCAGCGCACAGGAGACGCACCUCUGAUGGGGAUGAGAGGGAUGUCUUUGCCCUGGCUGCAACUGUGGCACUCUGGGAGAUCAUCCAGCUGUCCCACUCCUGGUGCCCAAGUGCAGUGAAGGACAAUUUCCCCCGCCUCCUUCUGACUCUGCUCUUCCAAGUUUUCAUCAGCACAGAGGAGAUGUCAGAGGAGGUCGAGACCUUCUGGAGGCGAUGCCGGGAGCAGCGCAGCCUUCCCCCCAACCCCAACAGGUUUGCAGUGCAGACCAUUAAAGCCCUGCUGCGCCAGCUGCUGGAUGAGGACGUGCUGAUGGCGAUCGGUCGCAAGUGUGGCUGGGACAUGCUCCUCAAGGCUGACACCCACCACUAUGCAGUGGGUCUGCUGGCCAGGGAGCUGUGCCGUUUCUCCCGCUCCUUCUGCCGCAGCAUCGCCGUCAGCCUGCUCCCGCGGCUCAGCAGGGGAGAGCCCCUGUGGGAACUGCCUGCCCUGGCGUUCCUGGUGGAGGUCCUGCACUGCCUGAACCCCAGACAAUGUGGGCCCAGCGUCCUGCAGAUCAUUUCCAGGCACCUGCGCAGGCAGUGCCCGGAGAGGCGUCGCCUGGCGCUCCGAGGCCUGCUGGUGCUCAGCAAGGCUCCCUCAAUGGCUAAGAGCAUCCGGAGCCUGAAUGAAAGCCUCCUGGAGCUACUGCAGGAUGCAGACACAGACACAGUUCAGAUGACUCUCUCUGUGUUCAUCAACGUGCUGGGCUUGAAAGUCAUCGAAAUAUCCACCCCUACUGCCCUGAAGUUGCUUGAGGCGCUGCGGCCACUCUUUGACAACGUAAGGCUCUGUGCCCCUCAUCGUGGGCACUGA